GAUCGAACACGGGUGGUAAAUUGGAAAAUAAGAAUUUCCAGUCAUCCAUCUCAGCUUGAACACCACACUCUCACCAUUUUCUCGGUUGGUUUCUCUCCGAUUGAUUCGACCAUUCAGCGAAGCCCUCAAUUAGAUUGUCUCGAGUCCUUCGAACCUUUGGAUCAAGAAGUAUGGCUCUACCAUUAUAUGUUCCAUUCGCCUACAUUACCUUUCUCUUUGGGCUACUUUGGCUCUUCUCCCGUUAUUAUCGUAAUCGAGCCUUGCGCCGACCACCACCACCACCAUGGUUUCCGGAACCUCACACGGCUCGAGAUCUUUACGUGAGUCUAUUGAGUAUGGACCCACCACCUCCACAACCGGUUCUAGUUUCUGCAUUGAUUGCAAGAGCGAUUACAGAUGUACAACGAAUCUGGGCCAUCAAAGAAGCUAAACAAGCUAUGACGAAUUUAUUACAAAAAGGACAAGUAGGAGAUGAUCUUUGGGAAAGAUUAGCAAUAGGAGAAAAAGAAUUAGAAUUAGAAUUAUCAGAAGUGGUUUCUGAAGCGAAUGAAUUUGCCGAAGGUUGGGGUCAAAUGAUCUUUAGUGUGGCUGCAGAAGCUGCUCAAGCUAUUAAGGCUAAAGAGAUUUAUAAAGAUAUUGAAAAAAAUCGAAAGUUGAAAGCAACGAUCCCUUCAUCUGAUUUUUACAAUCCGAGUGAACUUUCGAUCCUAAAUUCAAAGGCCGCCAUACCCGCAGCACAGCCAAAACCAGUAGCAGCACCAUCACCAGCAAAACAAGCCAUGUUAGAUGCCAUCAAAGCAGCUCAAGCUAAGCAACAACUACUAGAGCAACAAAAACAACAACAAGCAGCAAAUGGGAAAAAAGGCAAAGGAUCGGUCGUAUCUACACCUUCUAAGAAUGACAAUCGACCACCUGAUUCAGUUAAUAGUAGUAUUGGAGGUGGAGGAAGGAGUGUUAGUAAUGGUGGUACACCUCGUACACCUGAAACUGAAGAUGUUGAAAGUGGAAGUGAAGGAGGUGAUUCUAGACCGAUGUCUAAGGCUGGUUCUCUUUCUGCUAGUAAGAAGAAAAAACCAAAAAGGAAAAAGAAAGCAUGAUUGGAAACUUUCUAUCUGAUUAGAGAUUUUUUGGGGGAGAAAGGGUUUGAAGGGAAGGGUUGAAUUACAAAGUAUUGAUUGCAAAAAAAGCUCAUGAUCUUUUUUUCUGGAUUUGGGUCUUUUAUUUUUCUUUAUUUUUUUUUCAAAUUCAAGAGAGGUUUUUCAAUAGAACUGAUGAUUUUGAGUUUGAUCUUGAUGAUAAAUUGAGAGGAUCUAAUUGAUGGAUAUGUUUUAGACCUCAAAACUUAAAAAGUCCACAAUUCUAUUUGUUCAAUUGUGAGAUCCAUUCUGUUCUGCAAUGUGUAUGUAGAUAAAUCAUCCAUCAGAUAAUUUCAUAGACUUUUUUGCUUGGGAUCAAUAAGCUAUUUGUCUGCU